UUAAAUUUGAAACUUGGCGGCUAGGAAUGAGGACGUGAAGCGGUCGGUUUGUGAGGGAGUUCGGUGAAUGCUUUUGUCCUGGAGCACCCCUGGUCCCUUGGGUAGCUCUAGGGGCAGGUUUCUGAAGGAAGCCCAGACGGUUGGCGGUCCUGAGGAAAGACCGAGAGCGAGAGCAUGAGCCGGGAACGCCGGAUGGCGGCGACGAAGGAGGGGGUAGCUCUUAGUGAAGCCAUGUCCCUGGAAGGAGAUGAAUGGGAGCUGAGUAAAGAAAAUGUACAACCCUUAAGGCAGGGACGAAUUAUGUCCACUCUUCAGGAAGCUCUGGCACAGCAAGAAUCUGCCUGUAACACAACACUUCAGCAGCAGAAAUGGGCAUUUGAAUCUGAAAUUCGAUUUUAUGCUGGAAAUGACCCUCUGGAUGUUUGGGAUAGGUAUAUUAAUUGGACAGAACAAAACUAUCCUCAAGGUGGGAAGGAGAGUAACAUGUCAACAUUAUUAGAAAGAGCUGUAGAAGCACUACAAGGAGAAAAAUGUUAUUAUAGUGAUCCUCGAUUUCUCAAUCUCUGGCUUAAAUUGGGGCAUUUAUGCAAUGAACCUUUGGAUGUGUAUAGUUAUUUGCACAACCAAGGGAUUGGCAUUUCGCUUGCUCAGUUCUACAUUUCAUGGGCUGAAGAAUAUGAAGCUAGAGAAAACUUUAAGAAAGCAGAUGCAAUAUUCCAGGAAGGGAUUCAACGGAAGGCUGAACCAUUAGAAAGACUGCAGUCCCAACAUAGGCAAUUCCAAGCUCGAGUAUCACGACAAACUCUUUUAGCACUUGAAAAAGAAGAGGAGGAGGAAGUUUUUGGACCUUCAGUACCACAACGAAGUACACUAGCUGAACUCAAAAGCAAAGGGAAAAAGACAGCAAGAGCUCCAAUCAACCGUGUAGGAGGUGCUCUCAAGGCUCCAAGCCAGAACAGAGGAUUCCAAACUCCAGUUCCUCAGCAGAUGCAAAAUAAUUGUAGAAUUACUGUUUUUGAUGAAAAUGCUGAUCAGGCUUCUAGAGCAGAGUUGUUUAAGCCCAUGAUCCAGCCAUGGAUGGCACCACCUGUCCCCAGAGCUAAAGAGAAUGAACUACAUGCAGGCCCUUGGAACACAGACAGGCCCUUGGAAUACAGGUCUCAUGGCAGUAUAGCUUCUGUGACAACUGUACCCCCUGUUGUUCCCAGUUUUACUCCAUAUGUGGAAGAGACUGCACAACAGCCAGUUAUGACACCAUGUAAAAUUGAACCCAGUAUAAACCACAUUCUAAGCACCAGAAAGCCUGGAAAAGAAGAAAGAGAUCUUCUGCAAAGAGUUCAAAGCCAUCAGCAAGAGUCUGAGGAAAAGAAAGAGAGAAUGAUGUAUUGUAAGGAGAAGAUUUAUGCAGGAGUCGAGGAAUUCUCCUUUGAAGAAAUUCGAGCUGAAGUUUUUCGGAAAAAAUUGAAAGAGCAGAGGGAAGUAGAGCUGUUGACCAGUGCAGAGACGAGAGCACAAAUGCAGAAACAGAUUGAAGAGAUGGAGAAAAAGCUAAAAGAAAUCCAAACUACUCAGCAAGAAAGAGCAGGUGAUCAGCAAGAAGAGAAGAUAACUACAAAGAAGGAAGCUGAAUUGAAAAUUGCUUCCCGGUCUCAGGAAAUACCAAGAAUGGCUCUAUGCAGUUCUGUUUGUCCUCGAAACUCUUGUCCUAGGGACACUUCACUUGCAGAAAGCAUUUGUCAAGAACAACUUCACUCUAAAGGUCCCAGUAUACCUUUCUCCAUUUUUGACGAAUCUCUUCUUUCAGAAAAAAAGAAUGAAAGUUCUCCUGAAGUGCUCCCAAAGAGCUUAGCCCAACGAAGACCCCUUGCAGUACUCAAAACUACAGAAAGCAUCACCUUAAAUGAGGAUGUCUCUCCAGAUGUUUGUGAUGAACUUACUGGAAUUGAGCCCUUGAGUGAGGAUGCCAUUAUCACAGGUUUCAGGAAUGUAACUAUUUGUCCUAACCCAGAAGACACUUGUGACUUUGCUAGAGCAGCUCAUUUUGCAUCCACUCCUUUUCAUGAGAUAUUGUCUUUGAAGGAUCUCCCUUCUGAUCCUGGGAGACUAUUGCAGGAAGAGGAUCUAGAUGCAAAGACUUCUGAGGAGCAGCAGACUGCAUGUGGCACCAUCUACAAUCAAACCCUCAGCAUCAAGAAACUGAGUCCAAUUAUUGAAGAUAGUCGUGAAGUCACCCACUCUUCUGGCUUCUCUGGAUCUUCUGCCUCGGUUUCAAGUACCUCCUCUAUCAAAAGUCUUCAGAUUCCUGAGAAACUGGAGCUUACUAAUGAGACUACAGAAAACCCCAUUCAGUCACCCUGGUGUCCUCAGUGUCGCAGACAACUACUAAAAUCCCUACCAGAGUUAAGUGCUUCUGCAGAGUUUUCUGUAGAAGAUAGACCAAUGCCUAAAUUGGAAAUAGAGAAGGAAAUUGAAUUAGGUAAUGAGGAUUACUGUAUUAAACAAGAAUACUUAAUAUGUGAAGAUUAUAAGUUAUUUUGGGUGGCAUCAAGAAACUCUGCAGAGCUAACCAUAAUAAAGGUAUCUUCUCAAUCCAUCCCAUGGGACUUUUAUAUCAACCUCAAGUUAAAGGAACGUUUAAAUGAGGAGUAUGAUCACUUUUGCAGCUGUUAUCAAUAUGAAGAUGGCUAUAUUGUUUGGUACCAAUAUGUAAACUGCUUCACCUUGCAGGAUCUUCUCCAGCACAGUGAAUUUAUUACCCAUGAAAUAAUAGUGUUGAUUAUUUAUAAUCUUUUGACAAUAGUGGAAAAGCUACACAAAGCAGAAAUAGUCCAUGGGGACUUGAGUCCAAGGAGUUUGAUUCUAAGAAACAGAAUCUACGAUCCCUAUGAUUAUAAUAAGAACAGUCAAGCUUUGAAGAUAGUGGACUUUUCCUACAGUGUUGACCUUAGGGUGCAGCUAGAUGUUUUUCCCCUCAACGGCUUUCGGACUAUACAGAUCCUGGAAGGACAAAAGAUCCUGGCUAACUGUUCUUCUCCCUACCAGGUAGACCUGUUUGGUAUAGCAGAUUUAGCACAUUUACUAUUGUUCAAGGAGCACCUACAGGUCUUCUGGGAUGGGUCCCUCUGGAAACUUAGCCAAAAUACUUCUGAGAUAAAGGAUGGUGAACUGUGGAAUAAGUUCUUUGUGCGGAUUCUGAAUACCAGUGAUGAGUCCACAGUGUCUAUUCUGAGGGAACUUGCAGCAGAAAUGAAUGGGGUUUUUGAUAUCACAUUCCAAAGUCACCUGAACAAAGCUUUAUGGAAGGUAGGAAAGAUAAUUAGUCCUGGGGCUUUGCUCUUUCAGCAAGAUAGGCAGUCAGGUCUCUCACAGAUUUCUGCCUAAAAUCAAUGGUUGUAUUGUGGAACCCUGGGUCUGUAUACGCUGUAAUUUAACUUAGGACACAUUUAGAGGUACUACCAAUACUUCUCUACUUUUGAGUAGAGGUAUAUUUCUAAGUUACUGGCAUUUUUAACACAGUAGUGAACCUACUCUUAGCCUUAUCUAACUGUAACAAAGAACUGUUUUAUGCUAAAUGGAUUCAAUAUGAAUGGAUACUUUGUUGUCAUUUAACCCUUUUGCCUUUACUUUGUCCUGUACUUUUUCCAGUUUGUAAUAUGUGCUCUUAUGGUCACCAUGUAUUUUAUAAAUAAUAAAAUAGUAUUUGUUAA